AUGACUAGUUUGCAAUCAAAUGCAGACUGUCAAGUUAAUGAUUCUAAAAAUGCAUUUCCAACAGAUGCUGAAUCAUCAUUACAUCUACCAUUAGAUGGUUCAAUGUGUAUUGUAUUUACUGGUCACUAUAAUGGGGUUGGUGUAGAGAUCAGAUCUCCUAAUGAAAUGGCAUUAUUAUCGCAUAUGGGUUGUUUUGGAAAAGGGUCUGCAUCUAGAUCUAAACCUAAAAUUAUAGAAAACAAUACCAGCCCCAGUAUUAUGCGUAAGAGGCAAUUUUUGAAAAGAAACUACUGGUAUAAAAAAUUUGAAAAACAUGAAAGGAUUAUAGAAUCAGAUAAUUUUUUUAAAGACAUUGAUAAUCUUAUUACAAAGAUAGUUCAUGAUACUAAAAACCAAGUAGGAAGAGAUGUUAUUGAUUUAGUUUCAACUGAUGAUGAGAAUAGUGGAAAUGAAAAUUGUAAUAAUCAAACUGAAUUCGAAGAGUUAGGAAAGAAUAAUAUUGUUGUUUUAGUACCCAAUAGUGAUUCCGAGGGUGAUAAUUAUUUUGCUAAUAUUAAACCUAAGUGUUGCAUUAACAAAAUCAGUUUACAAGAGAAGUUAAUAUUAACAUUAGAAGAAGCUUUCUUUUUGCUUUAUGGAUUAGGAUGUUUACAAGUUGUUUAUAAUGAUCAUCAUAUUUUUAAUAUAGAGGAGUGUUGGAAGGCUUUUAGUGAAAGCAAUUCUCAGUUUAUUGAAAGAUAUGUUGUAUACCAUUACUUUAGGUCAAAAGGGUACAUUGUCAAGCCAGGGAUUAAGUUUGGGGGUGACUAUUUGCUCUACAAAGAAGGUCCAAGUGUUAAUCAUGCAGAUUAUAUAGUCAUUAUAAAUUUUGGACACAAUAAUUUUAACUGGGUUUCCAUACUUGGUCAUGUGAGGAUGGCUACAACAACAGUUAAGGAGAUAAUGAUUGCAGAAGUUAUUAAACCAUCUAAAAUAAAUAUAGAUUUGCCACAAGAUUUAUGUGAAUAUAAGGUUCGAGAAUUGGUACUAACAAGAAAACUACCUGUAAAAAUAAAUGAUUCUGAAGAC